AUGUUCCUUUCACAUGGCUUCCCAACGAUAAUACUCUUCUCACUUUCGGUCAUUGUCACUUCUCUCCUCAUGACAUCAUCGUCCUGGUCUCUCAACGCUCAAGAAUUGUUAGCGUGUGCCACAACAACCACUUGUCCAUGUGGAGGAGUCAUGGUUCUUGGUCGUAAAUGUGUCUGUCCCGAAUGUCCAGCUCCCAUUUCUUCACAAAUCCCAAUGACAACAACACUUCCACUGUAUCAAGAUAAAAACAUGAAUGAUGAAGAAGAUUUGAACCAAUUCACAAUCACACAUUCACGAUCUGUUCGAUCAUUGUCAAAUGGGAACACGAACGACGAGAACAAUUUCACAUGUCCACACUUCCAUCAACAACCCAAAUCACAACAAGAUUGUCAAUAUCAUUGUAAAUUCGGAGGAAUUUUCAAACAUGCUCACGAAUCAAAUUCUCCAUGUAACAAGUGUGAAUGUUAUUGUGGUCCGAAUCAAAUGACUGCUCAGCAAGAACCUGUGAAAAAUUGUGACAUGAUAUGUUCCAAUGAAUAUAUUUUGGAUAUUGAGCGAGCAAAGAAUUCUGGAUGCCAAUCGAAAUGUAUUUGUUCAAAGAAUAUGAUUUAUGACUAUCAUCUUCAAGACAAGACAGAAAUCGGAGAGAACAAGCUCUCUAACAGGAUUUGCUUAACCUUAGAGAAACACAUCAAGAAUUCUCAGCACAGAUUAACACAAACGGUUUGUGACAAAGAAUGUGGAAAGUAUGGAGGUUCUCUCGUUCCCUAUCAAGUAGUGACAACAAAUUCUGAAACAGGACAAUCUGAGAAACAGUAUUGUUCUCACCAAGCCACAUUUUGUAAAUGUCGUGAAUCCAAAGACACUACUGUCAGUUCACAACAUUCGGAAGAUGCAGAAGAUUCAUCAAUGUCCACAAGCUCCUCAUGUCAACAAGAAUGUGGCUACUCCAAUGUGGAUUAUAUUGAAAGUGUAUUUAGCGAGAUCAGUAAUGACUCGGUAUUGACAUCAUCUUUCCACAAGAAAUAUCAUUGUCAUUGCAAAUAG